UUACAUUCUAAAAAGUCAGCAUCUCUCUCGUUUCAUCAACCAUUCUCUUCUUCUUCACACCCUCUUACUAUUUUCCCAAGAAAAUAAUCAACAUCCAUAACACCAUCAAGAGUAUAAAUCUUACUUCUCUCUCGGAUUCUCUCAAUCAUUCUUUCUUUCUUUCUUGCUAAUCUUUUAAAAGGCUUUUUCUUGCUAUUUUUCACCCUGUAUAUAUAUAUAUCAUAUAUACAUAAACACACACAUACACACCCAUCAUAGACAUAUUAUGUGCAGUGUCCUUGAGUCUUUAGACAUGGACAACUUUCAAGGAGACCUAACCGACGUUGUACGAGGAAUCGGAUCAGCACACAUGUCAUCAUCUCCUGGGCCACCGGAAGGUCCAUCUCCGAGCAGUUUGUGUCAGCCGCUGACUUCAAAUCUCCACGUGGAUUCCCCCAACCUCUCCAACUGUCAGAUGAACCCUUUCGGCGACCCGUUCGUAAGCAUGACAGACCCUCUCCUCAACCUCGCCGCCAACUUCUCCGGCGCAGGAGAUAGCAAAAGCAACAACAAUUUUGAAGUGUUUCCAAACGUUACUGUGGAUGAUCACGUCAAGAAUCAAUGCAGUGUCUUCCCAAGAAUCAAAAUCUCGCAAAGAAACAUCAUCCAAGAUGCAUCAAAGGGUUAUUCUCCAGCAAAGGCCGUUUCCUCCGGCGCAUCAGCUUCGCCGUGGGGGAUGAUCAACGUUGGUAGCACUAACAGUCCAAGAAACUGUUUACUGGUUGAUAAUAAUAACAUCACGUCAUCUUCUUCGCAGAUUCAGAUCUCUUCUUCCCCUCGGGAUUUUGGCAUAAAGAGGAGGAAGGGCCAGGGAAAGAAAGUGGUGUGCGUACCUGCUCCAACCUCCAUAAACAGCCGGUCCAGUGGAGAAGUUGUUCCGUCUGAUCUGUGGGCCUGGCGAAAGUACGGUCAAAAACCCAUCAAAGGUUCUCCUUAUCCCAGGGGUUACUACAGAUGUAGCAGCUCAAAAGGUUGUCCAGCUAGGAAACAAGUGGAACGUAGCCGCACUGAUCCAAACAUGUUAGUCAUUACUUACACAUCAGAACAUAAUCAUCCAUGGCCCACUCAACGCAAUGCUCUCGCCGGCUCUACUCGUUCUUCUUCCUCGUCAAACCCGUGUUCCAAAUCCACAACCACAACUACUUCUGCCUCGUCCAGAGUCUCUCCAAACAAAGAGGAACCCAAUAAUAAGUCCCACCUGCCAUUCUCAUCCCCUCCUCCUUCUCCUUAUGUGGCCAACACGGUUAAGGAGGAAGACGUUGAGGAGCGUCAGGACAAUAUGGAGUUAGAUAAUGACGUGGGCGACACAUAUAGACCUGAGUUUCAACAUCAGACGGGAGAUUUCUUCGCCGAUCUUGACGAGCUUGAGGAAGAUUCUUUAACUAUGUUGCUCUCACAAGGAUUCUCGGGAGAUAAUAGCGGUGGGUGUAAUAACCUUGAGAACAUUACAACGAUUCCCGACAUUUUUAGUGAUUUCAUUGACGACGACUCCUCGAGAUCGUUAUAAAUACUCUUAAUCUGGUAAAUGUAAAUGACAGCCUGGUGUAUAUCACUGUCGAUGAUUGUAAUCUCGUCAUUUAUGUUACUUUUAUUUGUGUGUGUGGAUCCAUAUUAUAUAGUCAAAAACAAAGCCCCCCUGGUUUUGCGAUCUCUUGUGUUUUUGCUUCUAU